CGAUCGAUCACGAGACGAAUCAUUCUCGCCUUCCGUACCGGCCGUCCCCCCGUCGACUGCAAUACAAGGACCAGAAGAGGAAGAAGAGAUGUCUCUCACAGACUUUUUGAGAGGUCCGCCUCCUCCGCCGCUGAGGCAACCGACGCCACCGCCGCAAGAAAGAUGGUGUAGAAUAUGCGAUGCUGGAAAGCCAGAAAGGACCCAUCAUUGUAGCUCCUGCAACAGGUGUCACCUAAAAAUGGACCACCACUGUGUGUGGCUUGCCACCUGCAUCGGCUGGCGCACUCUUCCAUGCUUCUUCCUCUUCCUCUGUUCCGGCACUCUCUAUGCGCUAAACGCGUUCACUCUGGGUGGACCGCAGAUGCACAAGCUCAUUUUCACACGCGAGUUCGAGCUUGAACUCGGGGGCGAUGGAAUGAUCAUGCUGUUGCAUGCCGCCAUCCUGACGAUGCUGGGCUUUGUAUUCAGCCUGAGCCUGUUUGGUUUUGCAGCAUACCACGCAUACCUGAUUUCAACAAACCAGACCACUCUGGAGCAGCUUCACCCUUAUAUCCUCGUCCCUUUCCUUCCACCACCCAAGCCGUACGCCUUCGAUGCCCCCGAAGACCAGCAACGGCCCAAUCCAAACUCUAAUCUUCCGCCGCCAAAGUGGGAUGAAUACUACAUGAAUCAUGACCAGCGGCGGACGCUGCGCAGUGCUGGAAAGAGGAUACGAAUGUACGAUGUAGGUCUGAAGGAGAACUGGAUUUCCGCAUUUGGAGGUAAAAACAAAAAUGGGCAAUAUAAUCUCACAGGGAGAGGACACGGCACAUCAUUCGCACGGAACCCCAAGGCCGAGCAUAUGCUUGAACGGCUCGUCGCCAAGCUAGAACGACGAGGUCCUGUUCCGGACCAAACGAGAGGAAACGGAUAUGAUCCGAGGCGAGGCGAGGACUGGGACAGCGAUGAUUGAAGGAAGACGAACAACGAUUUUACUGGCGGUUGACGAUCU